CCGUGACAGCUGUUUGACAGUUCCCCUUUUAUUUUCGUAAAGAAUUCGCUUCUUUCCAUCUAAAAUAAAGCUUUUUGUACACUUUAUUUGUUUGUUCAUCGUGUAUUUGGAGCUAAAUAAUUCGGUGUUAGUUAAAUAUAACACAUAGCUCAUGAGAUAAUGAUAGGUGAAGUGUGUACCACUAUAAAUAGAUCUAGCCGUAGUUAGUUCGUAAUUUUGUCUGAUUGUGAUGUUGGACCAGACAUACUGAGUAAUAAUUUAGGGACAAUGGGCAGGAGAGAAGACCCGGCCUUCGCUAAGGGCACCGUCCGGCUGACGGCGGCCCGGGAGCGUGGUGACGUAGACAGACAAUUCCAGAGUCGACUGACGGUGACCCGUAGCAUGAUUGACAGACUUGGGCUUGAGAAGGAGCUCCACGGUCAUAUGGGAUGUGUCAACUGCCUCGAAUGGAACAAAGAUGGAUCAGUCUUGGCUUCCGCGUCAGACGAUCUUCAUGUGAUCCUGUGGGACCCCUACCGCUAUAGGCAGCUGCAUAAUAUAGCCACAGGCCACACAGGGAAUAUUUUCUCAGUGAAGUUUCUGAGCCCGGACAUAGUAGCGACGUGCGCGGCGGACGGCACAGUGCGCGCGCGCAGCAGCGCGUCGGGCGCGGCGCUGCUGGAGUGCGCGUGUCACUGCGGCCGCGUCAAGCGACUCGCUGCUGCGCCCGACAACCCGCAUCUCAUCUGCUCCGCGGGCGAGGACGGCUUGAUACUCCAGCAUGACCUCAGGACAUCGCACACGUGCAACUCAGACUCUCCCAACGUCCUCGUCAACUUACUGAACCACAUGGGUCGCCACGCUGAAGCAAAGUGUGUGGCUAUCAACCCCCGCAGACCGCACCAACUGGCCGUCGGCGCUAACGACUUCUACGUGAGACUGUACGACACUAGGAUGAUCAAGCUGGCCAAGCAUCAGGGCGGGCGGAUGCGACGAUAUGACUCUUUGCAGGUGCGCAGCGCCCGCGCAGGCCACGGCGACCCCGACAACAAUAUACCCCGCUCCGCUGUACAUUAUUUUGCACCAGGUCACCUAUCCAUGGAGCCAAACGAACACACGUUUCCGAAGAAGGCGACCACAUACGUGGCAUUCAGUCACGAUGGCAACGAGCUGCUCGUCAACCUGGGUUCCGAACAGGUGUAUCUAUUCGAUAUAAACUCAGCUCGUCGGCCAGUCUUGGUUGAAAGCUUCAUCAUUCAACACAACCACGGCUACCGCGAAGGCGAGGGGAAACCCAAGAAUGGAACAGCAACGAACGGGGCUAAUGGCACGAAUGGGGGCAAUGGCACGAAUGGGGGCAAUGGCACGAAUGGGGGCAACGGAACCGUGGAGUCGCAGGUGCAGUUGCCGGAGAAUGUUCGAGACUUGAAGGAAACUGCCAACGACUUAGUGAACAAAGGCAAUUAUUCAGCGGCAGUGCAAGUGUACAACCAAGCGAUUGGUUCGUGUCCCGACUGCGCCAUUUUGUUUUCUAACAGAGCAGCCGCGCUCAUGAGAAGAGGCUGGUCUGGCGACACGUACGCCGCGAUAAAGGACUGCUACCGCGCCAUCGCGCUGGACGCGCGACACGUGAAGUCCCACUUCCGCCUCGCCAAGGCGCUCAUGGAGCUGCGGCGCGCGCGGGAGGCGCACGAGUGUCUGCUCUACUUCCGGCAGAGAUUCCCGAAGCACGCGGCGAGUCACGCGGUGGUGUUGCUCCAGAAGGAUAUCAACGUGGCGCUCGAGCAGAGAGACACGCAGCCAGACGAGGCGGAAGCGGAAGAGAACCAGUCGACCAGUGUCCUGGAGAGACAAUUGAGGGCUUCGGCCUUGGACUAUUCCCAACGAUUCCUGGGACAUUGCAAUACCACGACCGACAUCAAAGAGGCCAACUUUUUGGGGCCUGACGCUAACUUCAUAGCGGCUGGAUCCGACGACGGCAGCAUGUUCAUAUGGAGCCGAGAGUCCGGCAACAUCGUUCGCGUGCUCCGCGGAGACGAGUCCAUUGUCAACUGCGUGCAGCUCCACCCGUCAAUGUUCCUGCUGGCCACCAGCGGCAUUGAGGCUGUGGUGCGGCUCUGGAGCCCUAGGCCUGAGGACGGCACAGAGGAGCCGCGCGUGGUCCGCGACGCAGGCGCCGCAGCGCACGCCAACCAGCAGCGCAUGCGCUCGGACCCCUUCGAGGCGAUGCUGUUCAACAUCAGCUACGCGGGCGGGGAGCGGGGGGAGCCGCACUCGCCCGCCUGCAGACCCACGUAAAACGCAUGGAGUCCGGGUCCCCGGAGCCACGGUAUUCCCUACACCCAUCACAUAGUCAUUGUAAAUAUUUAUAUUUUAUCGAUUCAUAUAUCGUUCUCAUAGUUUCGACUGUUACUUUACACUGAUAACACAAUAGUUCGUUAUAAAACCGCGAAAUACGGUGGCGCCCUCUUCUGAAUUUUAAUUAUGAUUUUGUCGAAACUAAUAAAGAUUUUGCUUUAGUGAAUGGUAUAACAAUUACAAAAUAUAGUAAAUAUUUUGCUAGUCACGUUUGAACCAGAUGUUAACUAUUUUGUAUCUGUAACAAUUGGAGGGAGUAAGCUCCAGUCAAUUUUAAUUUUGAAGGCAAGUCGUCGUUUAUACAAAAUGGCGUAUUUUGCGUUUUUCUGCGCAGGUUAAGGUUAACGACAAAGUUGACUGGUGCAACCCACUCUUAUUUCUUUAUAAUCUUACUAGCUUUUGCCCACAACUUUGUAUGUGAGUAAAAAUUCGUUUCCCGUGGGAAUUUCAGGAAAUCCCUUCUUAGUGCCCCUACACUGUCCUAGGAACCUACACACCCAAUUUCAGAUUUCUACGCCCAGUAGUUUCGGCUGUGCGUUGUCUGUCAGUCAGUCACUCAGUAACGCAAAAGUUUUAUAUAUACAUAUUUGGAUUACCAAUCAGUUUAUUCAACUAUGGGAAGAGGGCGCCACUGAACUCGAGUUCAAGUCUUAAUGUCGGCUAUACACUAUUAACAAAUAGUUUUUGCUGAUAUUUUUGUUGCGGUAAAUAAAAGCUCUCAAAUAAGCUUCGCAAUGUUAAAUUCAUUCGAUAUUCAGGCGACAGCCGACAUAAAGGUCACUUAUGCCGCACCGCUCACACUCGGCAAAAUAACGUUCAUUGAAAAGUGAGCUUUAGCGCGUCCUCUGUAGACAUAUUUUACAUUGACAACUUGAGAGUUGUAAACGAUUUGACUUCGAGCAUUCCGCUUAUGUUGCCAAUCUAAAAGUACACCUACAGUCGAUGUUUUAAAGCUCACAUUUUAAUAAAUAUAAUUUAAGGUUGGAAUUCUCCAAGCACUGUCAAUGUAAAGAUUAAUUUGAUUAAAAAAAAAAGUAUAUUUUAUACAUUUUUUUUUUUCUAAAUUAGUGAUAGUAUGUCUAGCACAUUUCAUACUGCGUCCAUGAUUGUGCCAAGUUUCCGUUUUUUGUAGCCGCAGAUUGAUAAAUAUACAUUAUUUAGACGGAGAACACAUCAUAAAGAAUAUAGUCUUGUCAAAUUAUUAUGUUUUGUUGUAUUAAAUAAUAUAUUGAAUCAAAAAACCGCUUCUUUUGUUUGGGAUAGAAAAGGUUACUCAGAGUAAAGUUUAUUUGAUUGAGUUUAUUUUGUCAAAUUUGGUAAUAGUUGUUACCUGCAAAGAUAAAUCUACUACCACUUCACUAACAGCGUCUACUAGAUGAGAUCAGCAGACCAAGCAGUCAUCCUUGUUAAAGCUAUUGCAACCGUAUUUUCUACGAAUGUAAUCUGAUUACAAAAAAAAAACGCAAAUAAAAAAUAACCUUAAAUUACUAAAAUAAGGUUCAUUUUCGAGUGAUAGUGAAUUGGGAAAAUAAUUGAAUGCCAAAUACCAGAUGUCCCGCUCUGAUUGGUUCUUCUACUAAUAGAGAGUGAGGGAAGUGGUCAGUCCAGUAAUCCGUUAAGUUAUAUGUGGUGGUCCAAAUCAAAAGGGACCUUAUGGCGGCUGGCACUUAGGUCUUUAUUGCCGUUGUUCGAAUACAAAACAACGGCAAUAAUGGUGUAAGUGCCGGGCGCCAUAAGGUCCCUUUUGAUUUGGACGGCCACAUAUAACGUUCUUCUUCGUAAGCAAAUAUGGAUGCUAUUACGGUGACAAGAAUUAUUUCAAGAUGAGGGCGCCACUGGAGUUAGUCUCAUUAGGCUAAAGAUAAAGAAAAUUAUAGACAAGCAGUUAUUGUGGCCUAAUGAUAUAGAUUAUUGUAAGCCUACAUGGCAAAUUUUUAAACCCGGCACACCAUUUGAGACAAAAUGUAUUAGCUCUCUGUCCCGUUUUUCUUAUCCGCUAAAUGACGUUUAUUGAAAAGUGAGCUUUAAAACGUCAACUGUAGAUAUACUUUACGUUGACAACAAAUUGGUGGACUGUUGGUGUCAGCCCAAUGUAAAAUAUGUCUACAAAGGACGCUUUAAGUCCCAUUUUUCAAUGAACGUCAUCAUGUCGGGUGGGAUCGGUGCGGUGGAAGUUUUCUAUAUAGAGUUUUUAAAUAUAUUUCGCAAAAUGUGCACUUCGCAGAAUGUGUAAUAACGCGUUUCUCUUUAUUGUAUGCGCCAAAUGGAAGGCAUAACAAUGUCUAUAAUUUUCUAUGUCUACACAUAAGCUCCUAACAGGCAAAGUCAUGACAUGUCAGACACAGGAAGACGUCUGUUGGACAUAAGUCUUUCUCAUAGACUUACAGUAUGCGCAAUAACUGUUUGAUAUAUAUUAUUGAACUAAAUAUGUAUUUAUUACUUUCAAUAUACAGUUAAAAUUUGUUUGUUAUUCGAUGCAUAUUUUAUCCUGUAUUUUAUUCCGGGGUAGACAUAACCUCCACAACGUGUUAGCCCAUAAGGUACAGUCAACAAUACAAUAAGUGCUGGCGCGAUUGAAUUCCCCCGCUAGAGGCACUGGUGUCGACAAAGGUCCAUUUGAAUAUUUGAAAGUACGCAUUGAGCGCGGGCUUUUUUAAAAUUCAGUCAGUUUUAGUAAAUGGACCUAACUCGACCAGUGGCGCCAACUAGUGAGCGAAACCUGUAGUCUCCAUUAGGUAUCCACGCCAGAUAAUUUCUCCUUUUUUUAUAUGAUGCCUGAGGCCUAUUCUUAUUGUUGACUGUCACAAAGCGUUUCUGAAAAGGGAUUAUAAAUUUCCAAGAGAGUCCUUGGUUCAUUCCCUUGAUAGACUUUACGUCGUUAGAAUACGGAAGGGAAGCAUUGAUUGUUUUGACUGUGUAUUUACUAUUUAGUCUGUAGUACGUUUUUUUUUUUUCAUUCAUUAUAAGACUUUUUGUAUUGGGUACGCGAUGCAUGAAUGAGUUUUGAUUCUGUGAUACUCUCUUAGUUUGUAAUAAUAUCAGUGUGUUUGACGCGAAAUGUGCACUUCGCAGAAUGCGUACUUCUCAAAACUUUAACUGAUAUCAGAAUUUUGUCAAUAAUUUCUUUAAUUUUUCAGAACUGCGUAACAGUGUCGGACGAAAAUAUCAGGACGUCAAAUCGGAGCCAAUAAUAAGCUUCGAUGUCGGUUCACAUACAUUUUCCGCAGUGCUCAUUUUGUGAAAUUCACGUUUCGCGUCAGAUCCCUUUUUUCAGUAAAGUUCUCCCUAGAAUUACACGAAAACACCAACUAGCCAUAUGUUGCUUGGUAUUUAUAUGUAGCAUUUUACGUAUGACAGACGUACGGUGCUUCCACAUGUGUGUGUCUGUAAUAGUGCCUGACGUUUUACGCCGAACAGUUUUACUAAUAGGUUAUUGGGUUAUGAACCAAGACAAAUAAAACUAAAAGACAACGAGCUGGCGUAACCAAACGAGAGAAAAGAUUUCCCAACUUCCUGUCUCUCUCACACAGCGGCAAGAUAGUCGCUGAUUGGUCACAUGAUGAGGGACAUAAGAUGUAAGGGCUCUGUCCCGUUUCUUCUCGUAUAUUUCUAAUAUCUGUCCCGUUUCUUCUCUUAUAUUUCUAAUAUCAGUCCCGUUUCUUCUCUUAUAUUUCUAAUAUCUGUCCCGUUUCAUCACGUAUAUUUCUAAUAUCUGUCCCGUUUCUCUCGUAUAUUUCUAAUAUCUGUCCCGUUUCAUCACGUAUAUUUCUAAUAUCUGUCCUGUUUCUUCUCGUAUAUUUCUAAUACCUGUCCCGUUUCUUCUCGUAUAUUUCUAAUAUCUGUCCCGUUUCUUCUCUUAUAUUUCUAAUAUCUGUCCCGUUUCUUCUCUUAUAUUUCUAAUAUCUGUCCCGUUUCUUCUCUUAUAUUUCUAAUAUCUGUCCCGUUAUUUCUCGUAUAUUUCUAAUAUCUGUCCCGUUUCUUAUCUCGUAUAUUUCAGUAUAGGUAUUGCUAAUACGCGUUUCUUUUGGUUGAGCAAAAUCAAGUAACAAUCUUUGUCUACAGUUGGCACUCUUGUGGCAUAAUAAGUACACAUGUAAUACCUACUACCGACAAAUGGAGAUGCAGUUUUAACGAGGUAAAUGCAAAUAUGCAAAUGUUGGAAUAUCCUUAAUAUUUUACUUACGAGUACACACAUGUGGGCGUAGCUUAAUUGAGGAGCAUUGAUUGGUUUAUAGCUCAAAAUAACAUAAAAUAAAUGAACUGUGUAAUAUGAAUCGUGAAUGGACACACGGGGCAUAGAAUACUUGUGUUACAACCUCGCUUGUUUCUAGUUUCAUUUUCAGCCGUGACGCCUCGAAGCCUGAGAAAAAAUAAACCUUUUGAAAACACAGCUGUUAAUAUUGAUGUGGAAAAUUUGUCCUAAUUGUCGACAACAAUAUUCAAAAGACAAAGGUAAAUUUUAAUUCCUUGGUCGCUCAAUAGUCACAAUCGAAGAAUACUCAGAGAUACUAUUAAAAAGAAGCAAUACUAGAAUGUAUAUCGAUAGUAAGCGCCUUGACAGUCGCUAUGCUGUCGACCGUCCUAUCGAUAUCCCAACUGUAUUUCGAAGUCAAUAAUCGAUUGUGGAAUUAUCGAUAUAUGGCAUGACUAAUCGCGUAUUCCCUCCGUCUCAAUCACUCACCUUAUGUGCGCAAGAAAUUGGCUUUUCGUCCAUCUCUCGCGUUACACUUUGUAACUGUAAUAUACGGACGCGGCGCUUUUACUGUGCGUGUCUCUAUUCACGAUUCCUCAUUGCACUGACGUACAUUUUAUAGAUACCGCAAAUUUUAUAUUACAGAUAAUUAAUGUAUGGGCUGCUAAGUUGAUCGAUGCAAAUCACUUUUUUUAUUUUAAAAAACAGCCAUACAUAAGGAAAUAUUAAUUACAAUUUACAGAACAAUAUAAGAGUUAUUUUUUUAAUGUGCUGAGUAUUACUUUUAAUGUGCCGUGUUCAUUUGUGUUUAGCAUAAUUAAUGCACUUAUAUUGUUGGUUUUACAUGUCACACGUUUUUAUAACUAAAUUAAAAAAAAAACAUGUUUCUAACAAAAUAUUUUUUUUUGUGAUGAAAUCGGUUUUUAUCGGUCUCGAUAGCUACUGAGCUAUCGGAGCAGUGCUCUUUUUAACCCAGUGGUUAAGAUGAGCACUGCCGUAUAGGCAGAGGGUGCUGGUUCGAAUCCCGGUCGGUUCCAGAUUUUUUCUUCUCAUUCGAUUUUAAAUAAUAAUGGUCUAACGUCUACAUGCUGUAUGUAACCUGUCUUGUAGAACAAGAGGAAACAAUGUACGAAUUUGCGGUAUCUAGUUUUAUGUGGGUCCGUGUCACUUUUUAUAAUUUCGAGUUUUCGACAGUUAAUAAAAUUUCAGUCAUUUGAUAAACCGAUUUCGGUUAAAAUUGUAUUGUCUCGUUCUCUUGGUAUAUACUGAAAAGAGCGAUAAAGAUAAAACUUAUUGACUGAAAUACUUGUAUUUUUUAUAAGUAAAGCCGAACUUCCACCGAGAACUGAAGAGACUUAGUUUAGCUUAGCUCACUGAACCAAAGAUGGCUGUCUUAUGCUGCGAAAGAAGUCCCGCGUCAAUAUGUGGAACUAUCAACAAUAUAUCUGCCACGUUGUUGUUGUUAGCAAGUGUAAGCAGGGAUUUUCCGUGACGCAGUUUAAGACGGCGUUCCCGGCUCACUAGCGCGAUCAUCAUCAAUUUCUUUUAAUCUAUAGCGAAAACUAAAAAGAAACCACAGGAGAUUAUGCUACUCUCGAUAAUUUCGGUUCACUAUUAUACAAAAUAUAGUCAUAUUUUACAAUUAUUUUUUCGAAUUGUUUUUCCGUUUUGGUUUGCCAAAAAACUAUAAUUCCUUCAAAUAAAACAUAGUGUAGCAUAAUUUGGAGUAGGUACCACAUUUCGUAUACAAUACACAAUUCAUAUAUAAUAUGACGGUGGCGCUAGUGUGCUUCUUGGUCCGGACACAUAUACAUAUUUAAUAGGCUCAACAAACAGUAGCUAGUUCACGUGGCAAGGGCUUUAUCCGGUAAAACUCGAAAGUAUAAGAUAGCCUUGUAUUUAUACUGAUAAAUAGUUUGUAUACUAAUACUAUAUGAGAAUAUAAUUUUAUUUAUAUACUGGUAAUCAUAAGUGUGCCGCAAGGGAAGGAUUUGUUGUAAAAUAAAACUUAUCUUGUUAUAGAA